ACUUGCUGUUCGAGCGCACAGAGCGCACGGAGCUCGCUUAUCGUACGUUAUCGCUACACCUGUGUGACGUCAAGGCAAAAAACCUCGCCGCGCGUGUGCUUCGCUCCUGAAUACAGGUUUAUAAGAACGAUAGUUUCCAUAAUGGUUUCAGUAUCGGUAUCAGUCAUUUCGAAUGUUAUCAAAAUGCACCUGGUAAAUUGUCCUGCUCCACAUUUACCAGGAUAAUUUGGGUGCAGGUGCGUAGUGAGUGUAUGCUCGCUCGCUCGCCACAGUAAGUGUGACAUAGUGUAAGGCGCAUGCCGCCCCCCCGCCCGCUUCCAGCCGCGUAACGAGUCCGAGAGCGAGUGACGUCACGGCCGUCCGGAGCGCGACAAUACAAUACAAACACAUUAACUAACACGCUCCUCCUAACAAACUGCCAAAUUCGUUUUGUAAGCGUCGACAUCUCUGUGCGCUGUACCGGCUGCGCGGCUGUACGCUGCGCGGCUGCACGCUGCACGGAGACCGGGAAGGCGCCACCGCCACCGCGUCACUCGACUCUCGUACCGACUCACAACAAUAUACACGACCGUCUACAAUCUACGUUUGGAAGCACACCUGCUUUUAUACAAUAAAGAACAUCGCGACACUCUGUAUGUACUGAAUAAGUGUAUAGAAAUGUUUAUUAAAUUGGAUUAUUAUACCACAUGUUCAAGUUUUAGGAAAUUCUUUAAUUUUGACGAAACACGUGUUUAUAACUUAAUCCGGCUGCAUUUAUUUUUAUGCAAUGGUGUAGUAUUAUUGAAUAUAUUUGAUAAUUUUCAAUUUUUAGGACCGUAUUUAGUCGCAUUUGAGCACGCGAAGGUUGUGAUAUUAAUAUUGUCUGUAUUAGGAAGAUUUCCCUUACUGCUUUGCCCGUACCUUUUCUUCUGAAAAUGGCAAAACGCAAGCAAAUCACACUAGAACAACGAAGCGCUAUUUGUACACUACGCGAGGAGGAUACAGUCAACGUCAAAUCGGCAAAAGAAAAAUUAGAUUAGAAUGAGGCGCAUAAAAACUGGACCAUAGUUCAAUGGCAAAAUGUCACUUAUAAUUUUGAAGUCCAGUAGAUGCAUGUUUGUCCGCCGGUCACAAGGAGAGAGGCCUUUGGAAGCACGUACAGCACCUACCAUCAAACACGGUGGCGGUCAUGUCAGGGAUUGGGCGAGUUUUGGCAACAAUAAGCCCGGAACUACUGAUGAAGAUGAAGAAGAUAACCGGAAAACUCAAUAAAUAAGGGUAUUUGAAUUCUCAAAGAUGCCGCCAUACCCAGUGGACUAAAUCACAUGGGUCCUGAAUUAACUUUGUAACAAGGUGCGGUCUUAAGCGGUCGUCGAAGCUUUGUCAGAACUUUCUGAACAAGAAAACACGAUGAAAAUAUUUUAAAAAUUAUGCAAUCUCAAUGACCUGACCUUUCUCGAAUUGUCCCAGUGAAAUUUCCUUCUUCUGAAAUUUCUCAUAUAGAACUUGUUUGGGAAGAACUCGACAGAAGUUAAAUGGAAAUGGAAAAGUGCAGAAUAUUUCAAGAAAUUAUUGAACAUAUUGCCUAGAACAUGCGAGAAGAUAAUAAACGACAAAGUGAAUAUUCAUAUAAUGUGUUAAAUUCUUAUUUUGUUUAUAUUCGUUUUUGUUUCAUUUUUAAUUUGAAAUUAAAAUUAAUAGAAAUUGUGGGCAUUUUUGUCUUUUAUUAGAUUUUACCUGUAAACGACCACCACCACCAGUGUUUACACCAGUAAAAUCUCAAUAUUUUGAUAAAUGAAUAACGCCGAUCGGGUGUCGUGAGUGUUCUGAAAUGGUUCACGUAAUGUACAGACCGCAAAAUAUAAACCACGAAGUUUUAUGUUGAAAUUAUUGUCUUUGUAGAAAUAUUAAAUAAUAUUUAGCAACGCGGGCGAGCCUCGCCUUGCCGUGACGUGACGCGAGGCGCUUUUGUCACGCAUCAAACCAUCGCAACCUCUCAAGGUUCAUGAGCGCCUGGUAAACGAGCACUCAACAGGACAAAACAUACUAAUAUAUUUAACGAUAUUAUUCUUAUACACGCCAAUAUAACUAUUUUAAGUAUUAUUAACCUUCAACAAAUUAUCGCAGUUCUGAGAAUGAUCAUUGCCGGAUUAGAAUAAUAUAUUAGAAUGUUUUGUUUGCCGCUAAUUUUUAGCUUAUAUAACUCCGAAUAUUCCCGCCGUUAAAAUAUUUUGGAUCCAUUGUAUAAAAUAUUUCAGUACUACGACUAUAGUGCUGGUGUGAAGCCAGCAUUAUUUGCCUAGAGGUAAUCCGUAGCGUGUGGCGUGGCGACUAUGGCUUACACAACAAUUACAAGUAAUCGCUUAGUUUCUUUGUUUAAUUUCCUACUGAGACAUACAAACAUACAAGUCAGCUGAUGUGGCCGCCGGCGCUCAUAUACUUCAGCUAUGCAAGGCUACAGCCACGGUACUGCUAGCCGCACACAAACUCAACUCUUUUCAACCUUAAUUGAUGAAGGUAUGUGUGGGGGAAGCUGUGGGUAACGUAACGCUCAUGAAACACCGUGGAGAGGUGUUUAUUCCCGGGUCGGGCUGCCUACGAUUUCGCCUUGGCCUACGGCCUCUCCCAGCUGGUGACACAGCCCACCCGUGUCCCAGAUAUUGAGGGGCACGAGCCUUCUCUGUUGGACCUUCUGCUGACCACCGAUCCAGCCGGAUACAGUGUGGUGGUCGACGCUCCACUUGGAUCGUCUGAUCACUGCCUUAUCCGUGCUGCCACACCACUCUCUCGUCCUAGUCGUCGAACGACGACCAGGUAUCGAAGAGUUUGGCAGUAUUUGUCAGCAGAUUGGGAUGGAUUGCGUGAGUUUUACGCAUCCUACCCAUGGGGGCGGUUCUGCUUUUCCUCUGCUGAUCCUGACGUCUGUGCGGACCGUCUUAAAGACGUGGUGCUCCAGGGGAUGGAAUUGUUUAUCCCCUCCUCUGAAGUGCCCGUUGGGGGUCGCAGCAGACCCUGGUAUAACAAUGCCAGCAGGGAUGCUGCACACCUCAAGCGGUCCGCAUACGUUGCAUGGGAUGAUGCUAGGAGACGUCGGGAUCCUAACAUCUCAGAGGAAAGGCGGAAAUAUAACGCCGCUUCCAGGUCCUACAAGAAGGUUAUUGCCAGGGCGAAAUCGGAGCACGUUGCUAGAAUUGGCGAGCGACUGAAGAGCUAUCCCUCUGGGAGCCGUGCUUUUUGGUCGCUCGCCAAAGCUGCAGAAGGUAACUUUUGCAGGUCUAGUCUCCCACCACUACGCAAGCCCGAUGACAGUCUGGCCCAUAGUGCGAAAGAGAAGGCUGACCUUCUGGUCAAACUCUUCGCCUCGAACUCGACUGUGGACGACGGGGGUGCCACACCACCGAACAUCCUCCGGUGUGAUAGUUCCCUGCCGGAGAUCUGCUUUACACAGUGUGCAGUCAGGCGGGAACUCCGACUCCUGGACGUCCAUAAGUCGAGUGGGCCAGACGGCAUUCCUGCAGUGGUUCUAAAAAAGUGUGCCCCUGAGCUGACGCCUGCGCUAACGCGUUUGUAUCGCCUCUCUUAUUGCGCUAACAGGGUUCCGUCUUCAUGGAAGACCGCCCACGUCCACCCUAUCCCCAAGAAGGGUGACCGGUCGGACCCAUCGAGCUAUAGGCCUAUCGCGAUAACUUCCUUGCUUUCCAAGGUGAUGGAGCGAAUAAUUAAUAUACAACUCCUGAAGUAUCUGGAGGAUCGCCAGCUGAUCAGUGACCGACAGUACGGUUUCCGUCACGGUCGCUCAGCUGGCGAUCUUCUUGUAUACCUUACUCACAGGUGGGCUGAAGCCUUGGAGAGCAAGGGCGAGGCACUUGCUGUGAGCCUUGAUAUCGCGAAGGCCUUCGACAGGGUCUGGCAUAGGGCACUUCUGUCGAAGCUACCAUCUUACGGAAUCCCCGAGGGUCUCUGCAAGUGGAUCGCUAGCUUUCUGGAUGGGCGGAACAUCACGGUCGUUGUAGACGGUGAUUGUUCUGAUACCAUGACCAUUAACGCUGGCGUUCCACAAGGUUCGGUGCUCUCCCCCACGCUUUUCAUCCUGUAUAUCAAUGACAUGCUGUCUAUUGAUGGCAUGCAUUGCUAUGCGGAUGACAGCACGGGGGAUGCGCGAUAUAUCGGCCAUCAGAGUCUCUCUCGAAGCGUGGUGCAAGAGAGACGAUCAAAACUUGUGUCUGAAGUGGAGAACUCUCUGGGGCGAGUCUCCAAAUGCGGCAACCCGUUAAAGACACAAGUUUGCGCGUUCACUGCGAAAAAGGACCCCUUUGUCAUGGCGCCGCAAUUCCAAGGAAUAUCCCUGCAACCUUCCGAGAGUAUUGGGAUACUUGGGGUCGACAUUUCGAGCGAUGUCCAGUUUCGGAGUCAUUUGGAAGGCAAAGCCAAGUUGGCGUCCAAAAUGCUGGGAGUUCUCAACAGAGCGAAGCGGUACUUCACGCCUGGACAAAGGCUUUUGCUUUAUAAAGCACAAGUCCGGCCUCGCGUGGAGUACUGCUCCCAUCUCUGGGCCGGGGCUCCCAAAUACCAGCUUCUUCCAUUUGACUCCAUACAGAGGAGGGCCGUUCGGAUUGUCGAUAAUCCCAUUCUCACGGAUCGUUUGGAGCCUCUGGGUCUGCGGAAGGACUUCGGUUCCCUCUGUAUUUUGUACCGUAUGUUCCAUGGGGAGUGCUCUGAGGAAUUGUUCGAGAUUAUACCGGCAUCUCGUUUUUACCAUCGCACCGCCCGCCACCGGAUUAGAGUUCAUCCAUACUACCUGGAGCCACUGCGGUCAUCCACAGUGCGUUUCCAGAGAUCUUUUUUGCCACGUACCAUCCGGCUAUGGAAUGAGCUCCCCUCCACGGUGUUUCCCGAGCGCUAUGACAUGUCCUUCUUCAAACGAGGCUUGUGGAGAGUAUUAAACGGUAGGCAGCGGCUUGGCUCUGCCCCUGGCAUUGCUGAAGUCCAUGGGCGACGGUAACCACUCACCAUCAGGUGGGCCGUAUGCUCGUCUGCCUACAAGGGCAAUUAAAAAAAAAAAAAAAAAAAAAAAAAACCUGGAAGGGAAGAUUUGGUUUCAUGGUGGAAGAGUUACUCUAUUCUGGUGAAGCAUACUGCGAUGCUAAAAGGGAGAUGAACGGAGAAGGAGAUCUCAGUCUAUGAGAUGGUAAUUAUUUGUAAAAUUUGAAAGGACCUCUUUUUUAUGGAGUCAAAUAUAAAAAAAAAACAUGAAUGUGAAUGGGAGCAGCGUGCCUGUGCUUCGUAAACGGAACACUUUGUCUCGUCACUUUCAACUAAGACAGGGUUGUGAUUUCCCGUUUCUCGUUAUUCAUCAUUAUAGACGUUUUCCGAACAGAGUCCGCGUCCGUGGCUCGCCUUGACCUAGUACUCAGUACUGGGUCGUUUCAUUGCCAGCUCAAAACGGGGAAAAGUGUCCUCGGAAUUUCCGCCUCAUCAAAUAAUGAUCGUUUUCAAACAAACAUCGAACACUGAAAGCCUUGAAUUCGCAGUGAUGUGCGAGCGACAUCUCACCAAAGUAAACGAAAAACCUCAUCUUUUUUAUUUUGUUAUUUUUAAUAAUUGUAUAAACAUACAUCUAGUCAUUAUUAAACGCGAUCAACUGAAAGUUGUAGCUAGUGAAGUUCACAAGUACUUUAUAGUUUGACUUUUCACUUUGCAAUAGUUUAUUUCAACGCUCACACAAAUAAAAACAGAAAUUUUAACUUGACAAAUAAACUUAAAAAUGAGAUCGCGUGAUAUUGAGACGUGGCGGCCGAGUUGAAAUUGCGCAUGCGUUCGCCGUCAGAUCCUGGCUCGACUGGUCGCCAGUGUUGCCGUUACGCCCGCCAAGUUUGUGGCUACAUCAAAAAAGAAAAGAUGCUAGAAUUGAAAUAAAUUUACCUAAAAGGUUCUAAAAGUUUUGGAAUUACUUUAUCCCUUAAUUUAGUAAUUAUAUAACUUUGAUGUAAAAAAAAUGUGGGAUAAAUUAAUGAAAUAAAACAAAUUCAAUGGUAUUAUUAAAUAUUUAAUAAAAAUAGUUACAGU